AGCUGCUCUUGGUCAUCUUGUUCAUGCGACUGCUUGCUAUAUUGUUGCUAUAUUUGCAUGACUCGGCAGGCGGAAGUGUGUGUGUGUGUGUGUGUGUGUGUGUGCGUGCGCGGGCGCGCGCUCGCUCGCUUGUGUGUGGACGCGCUUUUUUUUGCUUUUUUUUUUUUUUGGUCAUCAUCCUUUUCUUUUUUUGCUCUUUAUUUGUUGCUAGCACGAAUACACCCGUGCUAGCGCUCGCUGCUAACUGUACGCUAAUCAGCACACGUUGGGCCCGAUUAGCUAACCGCAAUAUAAACGCUGCUGUGUGCAUAUACUCUUUAUAUUGCUGUCAUUUUUGGGUCAUUAGUGUAGCAUUGAUUAAAUAUACGCCUUUUAAAACUAAUAAGGUUCAAUAUAAAUCCCUCAUAUUUACAGGCAUUGGACCCACAAUGACAAUGUGCUGAAAAUCUAAAUUCUUCACAUUCUACUAAUAUAAAUAUGAUAAUAAUGAAUGUACCAAUACAGUAUACUGUAAAAGCUAUAUUUAUAUCAUAAUGAAGGUAGCAAUAGAGUACACUGUAUAAACUUCCAAUGUUUUAGUGUGCGUUGUUUAUCUGAUAAAAGCAACUCAAUGAGCUUUGAAAACCUGAUCGAACCUCACAUUAGGCUAAAAAUAAUUUUAUCUGCUGAUGAUUAACGUCAAUUUCUCAAUUUUAUUGUUUAAAAUGUUCUCUCACACUUCCUCAGUUGUUAAACCUUUUGUGAUUAUGUCCCCUUGAUAUUUUGAUGUACUGCACACAAGUCUCACUGCUGCAUACCAGGUGACCAAAGAUAAUAAUACAGGGUGUUCUAAAAGUCACGAUACACUUAAUCUUUUUCUUUUUCAUUUGUGGUAUCAUUUGACAGCUCAGGCUUUGUAAUUAUUGGAAGCAUAUUAUUCCCUUGCCCAUGGCUUACAAUUUCCAUUAGACCAGCGUUGCAAAAUUGCUGCCUGGCAAGAGGAUUUUCUGUCCCUGACCUUAAAGCUUCUCAAACUGGCACUGAGGGGUCCUCAAAAAGACUGCUCCAUUGUCAGUUGGUGUACCAUGGGCAGAAUGAUAUGCUUACAAAAACUCCAAAGCCGACAAUGUUAAAUGCUGAUAGCCUCACGUCUGUCCCAAUGAUACCUGAAAUGAAAUUUAAAAAAAGGAAGUGUAUAUCUGCGUAAUGACUUCUAAGACACUCUUUAUAAUGAUCACAUUCUUAUGUUGUUUAUGUCACAAAUGCCAAUAGUAAAGAUGCAAUGGUGGAGUUCCACCUUGUGUCACAUCACAUACAGACAUGGAGCCAUUAUUUAUGUUUACACCUGUGAUGUGACACUGUUAGGAAACUUUAACCUGCUCUUAAGCAUUGGUUUGUCAUAUUUGAUUUAAUUAUUGUCAUCUCACUUGCAGGAAUAAUGGAAGAUUCUCAUUUUAACUCAUCCUAUUUCUGGUCUCCCAUCCCAACUGUGCCAGGACAGCUGGAGAAUGCAGUGUUCCUGAACAAAGUGAAAGAGCAGCAAGAAAAGAACGUGUCCUUCCCUCCAUCCUCGGCCUCCCACUACCAAACGGCCUUGCUCACCAUCCCAACGCCGGGAGGCAAGACAGACGGAGGUGGGCAGGUUGUCAGCGCGGCCCACCUGCACCCACCACACAGCAGCCAGAAUAUUACCGUGCUGCCCGUCCCUUCGACAGGCAUCAUGACGGCAGCGGGUCUGGUCAUCACGACUCCCCAGGGAACGUUAGUAUCGCCCACAUCCUCGCAGUCCUUUGUGUCCGCGCACCCAACCACCACCAUGAUUGUCUCCGCCGUCCAUUCACCAGACAAAAAAGAGGAUGGGACGUCCCACAUGGUGGUGAUGCCGGCGCCGUCCAAGCGAGGCCGCAAGAAGAAGAGCAUGGUCGGCGCGGGCAACGAAACUCUAAUACUGACUCAGCUGAGUGCUGGCGGACAGGUGACAUCUUUGCAUCAUCACACCAGGGAUCCAUAUGAUCUUUCCAACGAGGAGGAGGAGCCCGGGCUGAAGGACAGCACUAAAACAUAUAGGUGCCGAAUGUGCGCGGCGACCUUCUUCAGUAAGUCUGACAUGCAGAUCCACUCCAAGUCGCACACAGAGGCCAAACCUCACAAGUGUCCACACUGCGCCAAGUCGUUCGCCAACUCCAGCUACCUGGCGCAGCACAUCCGCAUCCACAGUGGGGCCAAGCCUUACACCUGCUCCUACUGCCAGAAAUCAUUCAGGCAGCUCAGUCACUUACAGCAGCACACACGUAACCACACGGAGUCAAAGCCUCACAAGUGCCCACAUUGCACUAAGUCGUUCGCCAACUCCAGCUACCUGGCACAGCACAUCCGCAUCCACACGGGGGUGAAACCUUACACCUGCUCCUACUGCCAGAAGUCAUUCAGGCAGCUCAGUCACCUUCAGCAGCACAACAGGAUUCAUACUGGAGAUCGGCCGUACAAGUGUACACACCCUGGAUGUGAGAAAUCCUUCACGCAACUCUCCAAUUUACAGUCCCAUCGCCGUCAGCACAACAAAGACAAACCUUACAAGUGCUCCAACUGCAACAAAGGCUACGUGGACGCCGCAAGCCUGGAGGUGCACAUGUCCAAACACACGGUCAGGCAUGCCCGGAUCUACUCGUGCGGUCUCUGUAAUCGCACGUACACCUCAGAGACCUAUCUCUUGAAACACAUGGAGAAACACGGCCAAGAGCAGUUGAACGCGACCAAUGCCGUGGCGGCGCAGCAGAGCCAAAGCCAGGCGGCCCGCGCUCAGCCUGGAGCUCGGAACCACGCGGAUGGCUCGGAAGGCGGAGGGGGGCGAGCCGGACACAGCCAAAGCGGCUAUGCCCAGCCAGACGCCAUGCACUGUCCCUUUGACCUGCACCAGUACAAGACGGUGUCCGCUGGCGACAUCCAGUACAAACCCGUCGGCGUGUCGGACAUUUCCUCGCACAAGGACCUCUGCCUAACUGUGUCGUCUUCCAGCAUCCAAGUGGAGCACCUCAACUCAUAGAGAUGGAGUCGGGGGGGGGGAACAGAGGACAUAAAAGCAAUACUAUAAUGAAAUGAGAACUUUUGAAACUGUGCCUGGAAAUGUUUUGUUUUGGCCAAGCUUUUUAUUUUGCUGAAGUGUACUAUCAGAGGGAAAUGUGUGUGAAAGUGCCGCAAUGAAAACAUUUACAGUCCAUCACAGUGAUGGUUUCUAAGAAAGGAAGCGACAGAGUGCCUGUCUUGAUUGUUGUUUUAUCAUGUUCUGCUCUUCUGUGCAAAUACAGCCUGCGGGUCAUAACCAUGUUAUGCUCUGGAGACUAUUUGUAAUGACAUUUUACAUCAGUGUUAUUACCAUUUACUAUGUGGAACACUUCUUAAAGGGAUAUAGAGGUUAUUUCCUUUUCAGGAAAAAAAAAAAAAAAAAAACAUCUAUAUGUAGAUACAUCGUAUACUACCAGCUGAUAAAGUGUGACGUGUGUGUGUAUAUAUAAUGUACACCUAAAUGCAGGCUCUCACAUUGUAAUACCAUCAUUCUGCUUUUUGUGUAUGUCUAGUGUGUCUAGCUAUUAUGUACUUUAAGAGUCAUGUUUGUAAUACUCCUUUAUGGACACACUUGCACAUCUGACCUUUCUUUUUUGAUAACGAACAAUAAAAAAAAUGUUUGGAAUCUUUA